AAAAAAUCAAAGUUUUCUGUUGAUGAUCAAGUAGUGAUGCGUGUAUCCACAAUGGAGUUUAAAAAUUACGUUUAUUUAUCAAUAUUACUAUGCAUAUCAACAUGUGCUACAGCACAAAGAACGCCGACUAUAUCGCAUAUAACGCAGGAGCAGAUCAGAGAUAUUGGUGGUCAGGUUGACUUGGAUUGCUCAGUGCACUAUGCUCAAGACUUCCCUGUGAUAUGGGUGAAAUACGACCGUUUCAAGACGGUAGAGUCGAUCCCUCUGUCGACGAACGCUGGGCUCAUCAUCAAGGACUCUCGUUUCUCUCUCAGAUACGAUGAUGCUACUGCUACGUUUACACUUUCGAUCAAGGACAUACAAGAAAACGACGCAGGCUGGUACCAGUGCCAAGUGCUGAUGUCAAUCAGUAACAAGAUCACUGCGGAAGUUGAGCUCCAAGUGCGACGACCCCCCAUCAUCUCCGACAACUCUACCCGGUCCCUCGUCGCUAGCGAAGGAGAAAGCGUUCAAAUGGAGUGCUACGCUGGUGGAUUCCCGCCCCCGAAGAUCUCUUGGCGUCGUGAGAACAACGCCAUCCUGCCUACUGGUGGCUCCAUCUACCGAGGCAACAUUCUUAAAAUAGCAGCUGUACACAAGGAGGACAGAGGUACUUACUACUGUGUAGCCGAAAAUGGAGUUGGAAAAGGAGCGAGAAGGAAUAUCAACUUGGAGGUCGAGUUUGCUCCUGUAGUCACCGUGCCAAGGCCCCGAUUGGCUCAGGCUCUCCAAUACGACAUGGACUUGGAAUGCCACGUGGAAGCUUACCCUCCACCGGCUAUAACUUGGCUGAAGGAUGAAGUACAACUCUCCAAUAACCAGCAUUACAGGAUCUCUCACUUCGCGACUGCGGACGAAUUCACUGACACGACAAUAAGAGUCAUUACUAUAGAAAAACGUCAAUACGGUAUCUUCAAAUGCAAGGCUCAGAACAAACUGGGAACUGAUGAAGGACAAGUCGAAUUAGUCGAGUCUAUAAUCCCGGUGUGCCCGCCGGCUUGUGGCACGGCCCGGUACGGUGGCGCGGCGAGUGUCACGCCAUCUAUAGCGACUAUUCUGUCGAUGUUCGCUGUAUACGCUGUUUAUGCUGGAAGACGAAUCGCCAAUGCCAGAUAUUAAUUACCCGGGCCUCCGACCAGACCCGUUAGUAUACGGAUCAGGUACAAAAACGAACAUACAACAUAUCCUUUAUCUUUACACAUAUCUAUAUGUUUUAUACAAUUAUUAUUAUUAACACAGGAAGUGGAAAUAAGAGGUCAAAAUUGUUUCUGUAAUGAUCUGCUUAGAUAAGGAAUU